AUGGCCGAUGUGGUGCUUCUGGACUUCUGGGCGAGCCCAUUCGGGCAGCGGUGCCGGAUCGCGCUGGCAGAGAAGGGGGUUGCCUAUGAGUACAGUGAGCAGAACCUUGAGCAGAAGAGCGAGCUGCUUCUGAGAUCCAACCCCGUCCACAAGAAGAUCCCCGUCCUGCUCCAUGGCGGCAGGCCUGUCUGCGAAUCUCUCCUCAUCCUCACCUACAUCGACGAGGCAUGGCCGGAGGUGGCGCCGCUCCUCCCACGGGACCCCUACGCCCGCGCGCAGGCCCGGUUCUGGGCUGACUACAUCGACAACAAGAUCAUUGACUGUCAGACCCGCCUGUUGACGACGAAAGGGGAGGCCCUGGAGCAGGCCAAGAAAGACAUGAUCGGGGCUCUCAUGACCCUGGACUCAGAGCUCGGUGAUAAGGACUACUUCGGCGGUGAGGCGUUCGGCUUCGUGGACAUUGCGUUCGUGACCUUGACCCCCUGGUUUUACACCUACGAGAAGUACGGUGACUUCAGCGUCGAGGAACACUGCCCAAGGAUCGUGGCCUGGGCCGCCCGGUGCAGGGAGCGUGAGAGCGUGGCCAAGGCACUUACUGAUCCUGAGAAGGUGUAUGAGAUCGUCCAGGAGGAGUAUGGUGCCAACUAA